CUUACCCAAAUGCCCGAGCAGGAGUUAGAUCUUUAAAAACAACACUACUUUGACUGUUGUGUACAUUUUGGCUCAUAAGGGUUUCGAGGGUUGUGUAAUUUUUGCCCUAUAGCUGUGUCCACAGUCCCUUCGUAAAUUAACUUACUGUACUGUGUAGGUUAUGGACGGGGCAGGAGCGAAAAUUGGAAUAUCUAAGUAUUAGUGUUGUCAGUGAAUGCUAGGCUAGCAUACUUGGAUUAACUCGUAAAUUUCACAACAAUUUCAAAUGUAGGAUUACCAUCUCUGAAUAGGAUAUCAAAAUCUGAUCUCAAAUUUGUGACAGUCACAGUUGACAGUUUGGAAAAGUUUGCUGUCCAGUUUGGAAACCAAUGUGGGUGACUUUUUCCUCUAUCUGAGGAGUGUUUCAGUAAUUGCAUGGAUUAAAGCAAUAACACAAGUCACAAGCAUCUUGGAUGAUCCUGCUCGACAUAAACAUUCGUUUGGGCUGCUCAUAUGAAACGUUUUCAUUCCUUGAGGCAUAUUCCAAGAAUAUCGACAGGAUUUUCUCUCCUUUGCCUGAAUAUGAACUGAUUGUCGUCACCUAAUCAGUUGAAAACUGAGAGGAAGUUUAAAAGGCCAGAAUUUCCUGUCCUUGCACAGAUUUGAAAAUUCCUAUUGCAAGGAGAUGCACACUUGUUUGGGUAUUUCUCUGAGAAGUCAGUAACAAGUGCCGGACUGAAAGUUUGCUGUGUUAUAACGAAAUCAAACAACCUUUGUAAUGAGAUGCUUCAAGGAUUGCAAUCUCUAUCACAAAAUUUUAACUAACUAAACUUCAAAAGACUGUUUAAAAAGUAGCAAGAACUUGCUUUGAGAUGUGACUCUGAUUUAUAAGUUCAUGCCAAUAAGUGCUUGUUCUAGUCAUAACAGUAUCGAAAUCGAGCUGAAAUCUGCACUGCAAAAUGGUGGUAACUAAGUCAGACUCCGUCCUGGUGCAAAGUAUGGAUAAGUUUGCCUCCAAAGGAAGGACAAAUGUGGACCUUGUACGAAAUGGUGCUGAAAGUGACUUAUGCCAAUGUGAUAAAAUUCGGCAAAGCAGUGAGCGGCAAUCUCAUUGGUUACAUAACCUGUCAUCGCCUGCAAGGCAUUCUGGGAUAUGUAGUUUGCAUCAGUGUCGUUGGUUUCAUCUGACGUUGAUUUUGAUCAUAUUUAUUUGUGGAUUAUCGUUGCUCAAAGUGGAGGGUGCGGGGGUUGUACUCGACGAGAAAUCGCGAAUUGAUAAGAUGGCGGUGCCGUGGUCAAUUAUUACAAAAGCAUUUGAUAUGCGAGUUUGUGCUGGCACACACGAAGGUCUCCAAUCGCGCCCGGCCAAGUUCAGAUACGACUUCCUGCGAGAACGAUACACGAACUGCACGUACGUCAAUGGAAACUUAGAAAUUACCUUCUUAGACGACCCGACAAUAAAUUAUGACUUGGGCUUCUUGGAAAAUAUUCGCGAGGUGACGGGCUACGUCUUGAUUGCAUACGUCUACGCCGACUAUGUCCCACUCAAGAAGUUGGAGAUCAUACGCGGGCAGACGCUGUUUAGCGCGCGGAGAGGCGAGCCGAAGAAAUACAGCUUAUACGUGGUGGCCAACGUGAAACCGAAUGAUAAGAAUGUUGGACUGAAGGAACUCAGAUUCAUCAAUUUGAGAGAGAUCCUGCGUGGGGAGAUCAUGUUUCACAACAAUAACCUGCUCUGUUAUGAAAACCAAAUAAACUGGCAGGAUAUUCUUGAUGGCGAUGUAAAUUUUAAAUUCGAUAGCACAUAUUAUCGAAGGCCGUGUACGACCCCUUGUGUUAAAGCAUGCGACGUGGAUGGCAGACGACUAUGCUGGGGGAGCGGACCGGACUAUUGCCAAACAUUGUUCAAGAAAAUGUGCAGUCCCCAGUGCGAUGGACGAUGCUUUGGGCCUAACCCCAACCAGUGUUGCCACGCGCAAUGCGCUGCAGGAUGUACUGGACCAAGGAAAUCAGAAUGCCGAGCCUGCCAGAAUUUCUUCAAUGAUGGCCAGUGCGAACCGUUUUGCCCGCCGUUGGAAAUCUAUGACAAAUCAGAGUUCAAGACCGUCCCAAAUCCAAAUGCACGGUACACGUACGGCUCUAUCUGCGUAAAGAAAUGCCCUGAUAACAUGUUAACGGAUCGGAGUGCGUGUGUGAAGUCUUGCCCGCCGGAUAAACUCGCCACGACAGAUUUAAAGUGCGUCCCUUGUGAUGGCCCGUGCCCGAAAAAAUGCCCUGGAAUGAAAUCGGAAUAUCUCGAUGAGGUGAACAUACACAAUUUCACAAACUGCACCAUUAUUGACGGAAAUCUGCGCAUCUUGAAGACGACUUUUGAUAACGAUCCGUACAAGAAUCUGACUGCUCUGGACCCAGCGAAACUGUUUAAGUUGUCAACAGUGAAGGAGAUAACCGGGUAUUUGACGAUUCAGCAUCUGCCUCUGGAGGUGAAGAAUCUGUCAUUUCUUGGGAAUCUGGAGAAAGUGUCGGGCAGGGAUGUCUUGAGCACGCAUCUGUCAUUUUCAAUCCUCUACACCAGCAUCACAUCGCUUGGGCUCAAGUCGUUACGGAGUAUCAUGGCAGGAGGCGUCAUGAUCUUUGACAACCGUAAGCUGUGUUACGCCAUGACCGUCAAAUGGGAGAAAAUCAUCAAGGAUCCAAAAUUGUUCACAAUACCAAACAAGUAUCUGUAUUUGAAGGAGAAUCGGAAAAAGGAUCAAUGUGACCAAGACGCCCAGAACUGCAGCGUGGAGUGUGAUGGGUGUUGGGGCCCGGGGAACAGCCAGUGUCAGGCCUGUAACAACUACACUUUCAACGGUCUGUGUAUUGGAUCCUGCAAAUCCCAACCGAGACUUUACGACGCCGGGAAUAAGACUUGUAAAAAAUGUGAUGAUGAGUGCUCGAAGGGUUGUCGUGGGCCGGGUCCUCGUAACUGUACUGGCGACUGUAAGAACUUCAACGAUGGGCCUGUUUGUGUGUCGACGUGCCCCAUCCAAAAGUACCCGGACACGAAUAAGCAAUGUCAGCCAUGUCAUGAAAACUGUGUUGGAGGCUGCACCGGUCCUGCAAAUAACAUCGGCAAGGGGGCCUGUAACAAAUGUGGCUUCUUGAAGAUGAAGGAGGAUGGUAAUACGAUUGACGAGUGUCUCGAUAAGAACCCGACAGAGUAUUUCUGCCCAGACGGUUACUAUCUGCAGCCGGGCCAGGGUGGGAAAGACACUGCGACGCCAACAAAUAUGUGGAAAGGUUUACCGAAAUGCUUCAAAUGCCACAAACUGUGCAAGACCUGUCUGGGUUACGGUACCUACAGUUGCCCCAUCUGCCACUACUAUCGCUUCCAACACAGCUGCUUCAGUGAGUGCCCGACCCAGGACACCUACCCCAUGAAGAAGGAGGGGUUCGACAUUGAGUGCGGACGGUGCCAUGUCCAGUGCAAGCGAGGGUGUGAUGGUGCGUCGUCGACGCAGUGUAAAUACUGCGCGAAUGUGAAGAUCGUGACGGAAUAUCAGGAUGAUGUCACCGGGGAGAUUCGCACAACUCACAACUGUACACAAGCCUGUCCAGAGGAAUUACCAUAUGUCGAAAGUGACCCAGAAACUGGCGAAGAUCUUUGCGUCGGAGAACUGAAUUCAUCAAAAAUGAACAUCGUCAUCGGUGCGUCUGUGGCGUGUAUCUUGAUUGUGAUUAUCGGUAUUAUCAUCAUUGCCUAUUGGUGUCGCCAGCGAAUGCUCGCCAAGGAGAACAUGUUGAAGCUGACGGCGAGGAUGAGCGGUUAUGACGAAUCUGUGCCGCUUACCCCAACAGAUGCAAAGCCCGACUUGGCGAAACUUCGCCUCAUCAAGGAGUCUGAACUCCGUAAAGGUGGCAUCAUCGGUUCGGGCGCGUUCGGUACUGUGUACAAAGGAGUCUGGGUACCCGAGGGCGAGAAUGUCAAAAUACCUGUCGCGAUCAAGGUCUUGUCGGAAGGAACAUGCCCGAGUCAGAAUAAGGAAUUACUUGAGGAGGCGCGCAUCAUGACGUCAGUUGAUAACACAUAUUGUAUCCGGAUUCUUGCCGUCUGUAUGACGGCCCAGAUGAUGUUGGUCUCACAGCUGAUGCCGUUAGGAUGUCUCUUGGAUUACGUACGCAAGAAUAAGGCAAAUAUUGGCUCCAAGGCGCUGUUAAAUUGGUGCACGCAGAUCGCUAAGGGGAUGACGUAUUUGGAGGACAGGGCGAUUGUACAUCGUGACUUGGCUGCGAGGAAUGUCCUGGUGCAAAGUCCCACCCUGGUGAAGAUCACAGAUUUUGGCUUGGCAAAACUGUUAGACUAUGAUGAAGAGGAGUACCAUGCAGCUGGGGGAAAAAUGCCGAUUAAAUGGCUGGCAUUAGAGUGUAUUCAACACAGAGUUUUUACACACAAAAGUGAUGUAUGGAGUUAUGGUGUUACUGUUUGGGAGUUGUUUACAUACGGUCAGCGGCCGUACGAGAAUGUCCGGGCGCGAGAUGUGCCGGACCUCCUCGAGAAGGGCGAACGUCUUCCACAGCCAAGCAUUUGUACGAUUGACGUAUACAUGAUCAUGAUAAAAUGUUGGAUGCUGGACGCAGAGAGCCGGCCUUCGUUCCGAGAAUUAGCGGACGAAUUUGAAAAAAUGGCGCGAGACCCGGGAAGAUAUCUCGUAAUAACGCACGACGAGCUGUGUCGUUUUGAAGACCUGGCAACGGUUGCCAGCCUCAGCACGCCCAAUUUACUGAUGGCGGACUUUUACCCACACGUCUGCGACCACAAGUCUGUCAGCUGGGCGUCAUACGCUUCGUCCUCGUGCGCUAAUAUUCCCGGCCACGCCUAUGACACCGUAGCCGGUGAUAAGCUAAUGCGUCUGCCAAGUCACAACGUUGAUACUCAAGAUCUCGUGCGGAAUAUGAGCAUAGCGGUCGACGGGCCGGAGGAGGUGAUAGAUGCUGAGGAAUAUCUGAUGCCAAAGUCGACCGAAACAACAGAUGAGAUCGACAGCCCAGUCCUGGCGAAUGGCAUGAAUGGCAUCAGCAAUGGAAAGGUGCACAUACCAUCAGAUUAUGACGAACGGACACCCGCAAACAGCCCUGCACGGGAAAACCAGUUCUUGAUCACGCCGACGAAACGUGACAAGAAAUACGCCCACCUCGAGGGCAACUUCAAUCGAGACAGAGGCAGCAAUGGUGGGUCCCGGUACAGUUCAGAUCCGUGCAAGAUAUUAUCAACAAAAGAUCCCAGAGAUGAUCAUAACGACUUUCUUGGCCGUGACCCAAUGAAAGACUAUGCCCUACAUCUGCCAGUUGAUGAAGAUUAUUACCUAACGCCAAAAUCAUCGAAACCCGCUCACUACAUGGACAUCAUAGAUACUGAUAUGUAUUGCAAUCCUCGUUCAAUGGAGCCAAACUCUGUCGAUAACCCGGAAUAUUUCCAAAAUGGACACCAUGAUAACUUACCUGCGAGCCCAACGUCAGAAACAAAAUUACGGUUAGACUCGAGUUCACCGGACAGUGACGUACCAGGGCAUGAAUAUUAUAAUGAGUACAAUAGACUACAGCAAUCCGACCCAUCGGUUCUGCAUCCCGGUGAGACGACUGUGUAGUUCAGCGCCCCUCGUGUACAUAUCUGUAACUAAAACUAAAUCGAGAAAUCGGUGAUAAAUUCGGAAUCACUCUACGGAAUUUCGGGUCUUAGGCAGGAAAAUAUAUUAGAAGGAGCGCAGUGCUAUGCCCUUUGAAUUCCAGCCUUUUCAUUGGCUCACUUAUCUCAGCUGCUGAUUGGUGGAGAAAUUCGGAGUUAAGGAGACCCUAAGAAUUCCAGAGUCAACUGUUGGCCAGUUGUUGAUGUGCAUGAUCGGUUCCCGUGUGAAAAUGCUGCCAGUGAGAUACCGUGUGUGUGCAGGAUGUCGCGAGUGAUGUCAUAAGUAAUGACAUGAGUGAUGUCAUAAAAGUGAUGUCAUAGCAAUGUCAUUAGUGAUGUGAGGAGUGACGUCAAAGGUGAUAUGCGAGGAUUUUGUUACCUUCAUUGGUAAAUUAAGAUUACAAGGAAGACUAUGUUAGAAAGUGUUGUAAAUGGCUGAUAGGUGUCACUAUCUUUGUGCUAGGAUUUGGAGUAUUUGAAAAAUGGACUGUUGUUUACCAUAUCGGAGGCAGUGCCACGCCUCGACAAAUGCGGUGUCACGAUAUCGUUGGAAAAGGAAUUUCUGUGAUUCUAUGGCUCAAUGGAACGAGAAUAUGGCUGUGUCAGAAUAAGGGAUUUACCAGCGCUGUGAUGUUAUUUGCGAUGGACAUUGUGGUUGACCAUUUUGAAAGUGCCAAAAUCAUACGAUUUCAUUGGUAAUUUUAGAGGAAGUAUAAGCAAAUUCGAUUGAUGCUGCGUUGCAUUCUGGGAUAUUGGCGGUAAAUUACUCUGAGAGUAAAUUUUUAACUUCGGAAUUUUCUCAUUAUGGAGUAUACUAGACUACACUACAAAAGACUAAAGAGGAUGCAAACAUGUUGCCAUGGCGUCCAGUUAUGUUACCAUGACAACCAUAUGGUUACCAUGGUCACAUGGUUUAGGUCACAUGACUUCAUUGAAGUUAAGGCAGCAGUAUCAAAACCUGCAAUUUUUACGCAGCUUAUGAACUAACUAUUUGCACGUGCUCAGCUAUCCCGCCCAAGUUAGUGUGUAUAUAUGGACGUGUCCUAUUCUUAAGAGGGGUGGACUUAACACAGAAUGUCUGGCGUAGCCCCACUCUUAUAUAGGGGUGCAGGAGUAUUUUGUGAAAAUAUGGUUGUGAUCGUAUCUAUAAACUACUAGGUGUACAAGAAAAUAUUUCUCGGAACUUAACCAUAUAAGUCUGCCGUACAUAUGUGUAUAUAAUCAAGGAAUGUGCUCUGCGUUGAAACUGUAUAAGAAGUAUUUGUUUGUAGAGUAUUCUGGAGUGUGUUAAAUUCCCUGCUCUUAUAUUAUUCACACAUUGUGUGAGUUAUCAUGGGGAAAAUUACCCGGGUCAUUGUUUACUACUUGAUAAUGUAUUGUCAAUGAAGUUUUAAACUGAGACAUUUGAAUGGUUCAAUUUCUUCACCAAGGAGCGCCGUCUUUCAAUAUUUUUAAUCGUUCUACUAAUUUGCCAAGCUGACUUUCUAGCUGCACAAUCAUCAGAGAGGCUCUCCUGGAUUAUCAUAAAGAUUUUGAAUUAUCACAUAUUUUGGGUUUUGAAAUACAGAUUGGAUUAAUGCAAGGGCACUGUCGGCCGAUGCAUCUGCAACUCAUGUGGAUUAUAUUGAGAUAGAUGCUAUGAUUUAGAAAUGGGGUUGAAAAUUUUAGUUGCUAUGAAACUGACUUUGGGUUGCUCAUUUGCAAUGGUUACCAAGCAACCAUAUGCAGUUGAUAUGAAACAUAAUGGUUGCUAGGGAACCUGCAUAUCGUUACCAAGCAACCAAAUGUUUUGUUUUCCCAAAGUAAAUUUUAAGUAUGUGUACAUAGUUUCAAGUUUUCAACUCUCUUGAGUGUAUAAUAGUUAUUGACAUACUGCAUACGCACAACUAUGCCUGUUGCACACUCACAAAUCUGGUUGUCAAACAAAUGUUCAGGAAAAAGUGCCUCUCGAAAAGUGUUAUUCUCAUUCCUAGAGGCCUAUGUCGUUCCGUGUUCAUUCUGCUGUAUUGUGCAAUAAGUAAUAGACAUCAAACUUGCCAGAUAUUCAACAUGAAGAAGACUAUAUUCAUAUCGUUAUACACAACAGCAAUUUUGAAAUUUAAAAAUUUUUAAAAAUCAGUUUAAAAUUUUGGACAACGCUGUAAACCUCUGAAGAGUUUCACCUAAUGCACAUUGCAAUGUUUGUGGGUGUGCUUCAGUCAGAAAUGCAUUGAUACUCAUUUUGCAAGGUUACAUUAUUAACUCUGAUUGUUUUACGAGUCGAACUCAAAUUAAUACAGAAACCUAUAAAUUUCAAGAAAUUUUACAAAUUUCCUGAUAAUUUCAGCCAGUUUCAAGAACAUUUCCCUAUUUUCAUCUACAUGUAAAUGGUUUAUGAAACAGGUUGGUCACAAGAACUUUGCGUAAAUUAUUUCACAUUCGAUGAUGAUCGUCAGAUUCUGUUUGAUUUCAACUUUAAAACGGGUCAAACUGUAUAAAUUGAAGAAGUUAUAAAUGUAAAUUAUUAGCUCAGAGUCGAAAAUACUCAGUUUGAUGUAAAUUCAAUGGACUAGUGCUGUAAUUGGUAUAAAUGUUGGUUACUUAUUGGUUACUUAUUAACCAGGCAGACAUGUACUGUACAUUGUUUGAAGCAAGUACAUUGUAAUCACCCAUGCCAGCUUAAAGAAAGAAAAUUGGGAAUUGUCUGCCCUAACACUUAAACUUGUUGAUCACUUUUAUAAUCAAUUAAUGUUCAAAUUAUGAUAGAGGGAGAAAAUGUUUCUUAUUCAAACAAGUUGGGCAGUACCAAUCACAGACAAGUGGCAGCAGUCAAGAAUUAAUACAUUUUUUUCUUCAUUUUUGUAGAAAAAUGUCGACUUUGUCCAUGUUGUUUCACGUCUGUUGUUUUUGUGUUUACAAUUUAUAUUUUUAGUUUUGCUUUCUUCACCCUGCAGAUAUAUUACUAAAAUUCCAAAACAUGCUGAUGCUGCAGCAGACAAUCAUUUCACAAAUUUAGUUUAAUUCUUACUAGCUCUUCGAAAUAUCAAAAUGUUCCUCAGCAACAAUAAGCUUCAUCCUGUGGUUGCCUAGAAACGUGUUGCAUAGCAACAAUAAGCUUCGUCCUGUGGUAGCCAAGCAACUCAUUCCAUUGUUACCAUGGCUGAUAGUUGCCAAGGAAGUUCCAUCCAUGGUGAUGCCAGGACCAGUUAAAUUAACAUCUUUUGUAUCCUUGCCUUCCAAACUGAACUCAGAAAUUCAUGUCUUCCGUUUGUGUUAGUUUUCUGUUGCUGGCCUUAGCCCCUUUCCUUUAUAUUUUCUUUUUUCCUUGGUUUUCCUUAGUUUAUUUUGAAAUAGGGUUUUAUUCAAGUUCACUGUAAGACCUAAAUUGAAGAUGAAAAGCUUGGUUUUUUCAAUUAUGUCCUCUUAAAGCUAUCCAUCGGUAUGAAAUCAAUAAGGAAUGAAUGAAGUAGGCAAAAAACCUGAAGGUUGAUUACGCUGAAUGGUUUUCUAAUCUUUCUGAGUUUUUUUUCUUGCUUUAAUACCUCUGCCACUGUUAAACUAGGCAAGUAGGUCUCUGUCACAUAAAUUGGUGCUGCCCCAACCUCCCUUGAGUACUAGAAAAUUUGACUCCACACUUACGUGUAAAUAGCGAUUGUAAAUAUCAUAUGACCUUUGACCUUGGUACAUAGUUGAUGGGAGUCAUUAAAUAUUCCAGUAAUAAUGUAUGAGCCCAUUGAAAUGCAACAUUAAUGGAAACUAAAGAUUGUGAAAUAUUGUCAUCAACAUAACUCUGAGGUUGUACUAGGAAAAGUUCAUUUCUUUUCUGGAUAUUUUCUUGUAAAAAUGGAAGCAGUGUUGGCUUAAAUAGUGCUCAAUGGUUAGAAGUUGGCUUUGAGGCAAGAUUAUUGUGUUUGACCGCUCGGUGUGGAAAUUUUGUUAAGACCAUUGUGCUGGUACAGUAGAAAUGGGAAGACGCUUUGAACAGCGUGAUUUUAUUUGCCUCUUUUCAAAAUGUUAUAAAUAUCUAUGAUUGAACACACUCUUCUACACAGAAUAAUAUGAUAUAUAAUUCAAAAACUGAUUUUAAUGACGAUUCUGAAUGAAAUGUUUUUUAUUUGAACAAAAUAUGUGUAUAAAUUACAUCAAUUUAUCAAAAUAUUAUGUUAAAUGAUAAUGGUUUUAACUAUUUAAGUGCUAAAUGUACAUGAACGAACUGGGAAAUUCUACCGACUAUCUUUUCCCAGAUAUGGAACUUUUGUGAUAUUGCCUUGAUGAAACAGCUAAGUAUAUUAUUGAUUCCAUGAACAUGUCCACAAGUGUUUGACUCAAUUAGAUUGUGUAAAUCAGUGCAUGUAAGUCUGCCAGAAUGUGGAAAUGUAAGUCCUCUUUCAAUUGCAGAAGGUAUGUCUCCACAGGAUGUCACAGAAAAAUGAGCCUAGUCAUGGUAUUAAAGGAAAAUGAGAUUCAGCCCAUUGUCCACUUAUUCAUUUGUGGGGCAUUUCCACUUACUGUCAGCUGUCACUAACUGGUACUUUUUGAAAUGUUGGUGAUAAAGUGUGUAAGGAGGAAUUUGUAUGAAUAAUAUAUUGAUCAUGAAUUUUUAUGUUUGAUUUCUAAAUAAAUGUGAAUUAUUUGAUUCUUUAAGAAAGAAAAUGUAUUAAAAUGCUGUUCAUUUUUGAAAUUUUAACACAUUUAAGCUAAUUACUUUUAAAAUUAUUGACUAAAUUAAAUUUUAAUUUAAAUGAGAAUGUACAUGUAUAUGUAUGUAUAAUUAUGAAUAUAUUUGUUAAAAUGAUAUAUUGAUUUGAUCAUCUAAAUUUCUCCUUGGUGCGUAUUAGGGGCUGCUGAUUUCUUUGAAGAAUGGUAGGAUUAUGACUAAGAUUAGCUAAGCAUGUGACAGAUGUACCAAUUUUGGCUUUGUUCUAAAAUGAUUGUACUGAUGUAUUGUUUUGGACCCAAAAAUGCCCCAAGGGUAUUGGGACACCCAUAGCUCGACUGGUUACCUUUCCAUGUCUUUAAUGAUAGUAAAAUUGAUGGCGUUACUUAUGCCAUGAAUCUUACUGGCCCCAGUCCAGUUGGCAGGGAUGCCCAGUUUUCCCUGCUUUCUGAACUGAAGUCAUAUUUCUUUUCCACGAAACACAUGUGCAGUGAGUGUGGUUGAAUUGGUCAAUUUGGUUUUCGUCACUGCUGGUUUCAACCAUAGGCUUUGUUUUCCUGAGCUAUUGGGGGUAACUUGAAGGGGGAAGUUCAGAAGUUUUCGUAUAAAACAUGUUCAGAUGUUUUAAGCAGCUUGGGGCAGUUAUUUUAAUUGGGGCAUUUGUGUCUGCGAAGCCUUUGUGGAUUGAUUUAUUCAGGGGCUUUUUUGUCAAAAGUUCAUUCUACAUGGGCGACUAAAUCAAAAGGCAAUCUAACUGAACAUGACAGAAACCUUCCAUUGUCUGAGAAAAUAAAAGUAUUCAGUUGACUCUUUACAUUUUUGUGUCAGAUGGUCCCCUCAGUCAGUAGACUAACUGACACACAACACCAAUAAAUCAUCAUGUACUUUUUACCAAUCAGCGUAACAGUUUUUUCGCUGCCGCUGUCGCCCUUGAUUUAGUCGUUCAUAUGCGAUGAAUUUCGAAGACCUUGUGGCGCAGGUUCGUUAGUUAGAGAGACAACGCCAAUGAAUUAUUAUGUAACUACUUGUAAACUUUUGUACAUAAUACUAAAUAGUUUUGUAAAUAAAGGUAUGUUAAUAGUAGACGAUAGAGUACACUUAGAGCGUCUAGUUCAAAAUCUUAACAGAAGAUCUCGUGCUUGAUAGUGACAAUGUGACCGAUGUUUUUAAGAUUUCCAUAUCACAUGGAAACAAGCUCUGCCAAUGGAUGGCAGGACCCUUUGAGGCCUACUCCGUUCGUUAAAUCAUUUGAAAAUUAGAAUUGAAUUUGAAAAUUUUUAAUGGUGUAAAUACGCAAAUGUCAGCAAUGCCAAGUUUCAGCAGAUUUUCAUGCAUGAUACUUGAUCUGCCCGGCGGCAUUGGGUAUUUUGUGCUUUUGUGAGCCACAAGUUUAUACAAUAUAAACAACAUACCCCCUUUAAAGUAUGACACACAGGCAACAGAAAAUCAGCCUAACUUUCUUUUCUCUCUUUUAACUUUUGGCUCAUUUUAAAGUUUUU